UACUUUUUCUUGCACUAAAAAAAACGCAGAGAAGCUCUCAUGUGGGCUGACAUGUGACACUGUGCUCGUGCCCAUACAGUGUACAUUAGAUCCUCAGUUUAUUCAGAGUAGAUAAGUUCCUCUGGCUCAUAUAGGACAGUAUGUAGGUGACGGAGCUCUCAGUAUUCCCAUGUAGAGAGAGUCGGGUCUAUAAAAGCAUCCAGAGUCAGCUCGGUGUGAAAGUGAAGCUGCCAUCCAGGAUGUGCUCCAAUACGCACACACGCUAAAAAUAGUCCACAGGUUUAAAUUUAGGUUAAAGUCUGUUGUGUGCGGAGGAUGCUGCUGUGGGAUUCAGAGCCAUCUAGUGGACGAAAUGUGUAACUGCAGCGUUGGUCAUGUGGUGCGAUCAGAGCGCAGAGAGGAGGAUUUGAUGCUGAGGAGACGCAGACAGAAUCUGUGAAAACACUCCGUCUGAUGAUCGCUCCUCGAGGAGUGUGUGUGACGGGGGGGAUGAAGAGAAGUAGCCUGCGGGGGAUUAGCGGCAAAUGAGGAGGGAGGAGAGAAGAGAGUAACGGAGAAAGAGAGAGAGAGACGAGCGAGGCAGCAGCGGCAGGAGGAGGAGGCAAGAUGAGGAAAGGAGCAGCAGAGGAGAUGCAGGAGAGAACCAUGAGAUCCUAAGGACGCUAACAGUCAGCAGGAGGGAUGCUGCUCACGCUGCUCUUCUACCUGCGAGUCAAAGAAUCGAUCUACCGCCGCGGGGCCAGAAGAUGGAGGAAACUGUACCGAGUCAACGGACACCUCUUCCAGGCCAAACGCUUUAACAGGAAAGCCGACUGUGGCCACUGUAGUGAACGGAUAUGGGGGCUGGGCCGGCAGGGCUACAAGUGUAUCAACUGCAAACUGCUGGUCCAUAAGCGCUGUCACAGACUCUUCCCUCAGACCUGCCAAACGCUUAUGGAUCCAGCUAUGCCAUCACAGGAGCCCCCCUCAGAUGGAAAAGGUGACGAGGUGGACCUUCCACCAGACGACACAGAGGACACAGACAGGAUACCGUUUUUACCGCACAACUGUACCGUGGAUAAAACAGAGGAUGGAGACGCGGAGGACAUCAAAGCGGUGGUGGACGGCAUCGACGGGAUCAAACUGUCUCCCGGUCUCGCUCUCGGCCUCGGGGACUUUGAUCUGAUCCGGGUGAUUGGGCGUGGCAGCUACGCCAAAGUCCUGCUGGUGCGGUUAAAGAAGAACGAGCAGGUGUACGCCAUGAAGGUGGUGAAGAAGGAGCUGGUCCAUGACGACGAGGAUAUCGACUGGGUGCAGACGGAGAAGCAUGUGUUCGAGCAGGCGUCCACCAACCCUUUCCUCGUCGGCCUCCACUCCUGUUUCCAGACAGCGAGUCGGUUAUUUCUGGUGAUUGAGUAUGUGAACGGCGGGGACUUGAUGUUUCAUAUGCAGCGACAGAGGAAGCUCCCUGAAGAACAUGCAAGAUUUUAUGCAGCAGAAAUCUGCAUCGCUCUGAACUUCCUGCAUGAAAAAGGAAUCAUCUACCGCGAUCUGAAGCUGGACAACGUGCUCCUGGACCAUGACGGACACAUCAAGCUCACAGACUACGGCAUGUGCAAGGAGGGGAUCAGACCAGGUGACACCACCAGUACCUUCUGUGGAACCCCAAACUACAUCGCACCUGAGAUCCUCAGAGGAGAGGACUACGGCUUCAGCGUGGACUGGUGGGCUCUGGGCGUGCUGAUGUUUGAGAUGAUGGCUGGCAGGUCUCCGUUCGACAUCAUCACCGACAAUCCUGACAUGAACACAGAGGAGUACCUGUUCCAAGUUAUUCUCGAGAAGCCCAUUCGCAUCCCAAGGUCUCUGUCAGUGAAAGCUGCCAGCGUGCUCAAGGGCUUUCUCAACAAGGAUCCCAAGGAGCGGCUGGGGUGCCAGGUCGAGACGGGCUUCACAGAUAUCAAGUUACACACGUUUUUCCGCAGUAUAGACUGGGACCAGCUGGAGAAGAAGGAGGUGACGCCGCCCUUCAAACCUCAAAUCUCUGACGAGUACGGCCUCGAAAACUUCGACACGCAGUUUACUAAUGAACCAGUGCAGCUAACACCAGAUGACGAGGACGUCAUCAAGAGAAUAGACCAGUCAGAGUUUGAGGGAUUUGAAUACAUCAACCCCCUGCUGCUAUCCACAGAGGAGUCUGUAUGAAGGAGAGACACGCUUCCUCCCUCGCCCACCUUCUGCUCGUCCAAGCUGCCGUCUCAGCCAAAAGACACUCAGAGCCAAGUCAGUACGAGAGGAGGAGGAGGAGGAGGAGGAGGACGACUCACCCUGUGGACAUGUCAACAAGCAAAGACAACAGGAGCAGAGUUUCGAUUGUUUCCUCUUUUUAUUUGGUUUCCUGGAAAACAAAGACUUCAGAACAUUCCCUGUCGCUCCGCCGUCUUCGCCCUUUUUUUUCCCUUCCCCCCCUCAGAAUGUCCAUUCUCACGUCGAAGCACGAGCGGCUUCGACGUGUGAGCGGAGAGAGCCGUCUCAUUCUGUGCCUGCCGUCAUGAACACGUCUCCACCCCGCCUCAUGUCCCCCGAUCCAUGACGGCUCUGCCGAGGAACUUGAAUUUUAACUUGCACUUUUUUUUUUUUUUUUUUUUGUUAAUUCCUGUUUUUUUUGUAUCUUGUAGGGGGGGGCAAAGACGCCCCACGCAGAACAAGAAUGUACACUGAGGAAGGAAGAAAUAAGUUAUUAUUAUUGUGUAAAAUAAUGUAGGUAGUGGUACAAACAUUGACGAUGCCUUUUUAUCGAUGCACAGAUUCAUCCGCAACCACGAUGUUUCUUUACUGUUGUUUUUAUGAUUUUACAAACAACGAGGGGGAGGGGACUCUUUUUAUUUAAGAAGUGCCUCAAAGAUGGAUGAACUACCGAGUCUCUGAUUGCACUUAAUCUCUUACUGAGCAUCUCUUCACGCAGAGAAAUCUGAGGGCGUGGCUUCACUCUGAUUGGAGCGCUGUAGCGUCCUUAAGACCUGACACACGAUCGAACCUUUUCAUUUCAACAGAUGAUUAAUGAGCGGUUUAUAAAUUCAUCCAAAGAGCCAGAGUAGUAUCAGAUGUUUAGAGAGUGGUGAUUGGCUGCUUCAGUCCUGUGUAUUAAAGGUGAUCUUCAGGUUCAGUCAGAUGAGGAGAAUAAAGCUCUCGUCGGCGUCCUCCCCGUGCUGGCCGAGCUCAGAUUCUUCCUCACCAGCUUCUGCUGUGUGACCAUCUGCAGCCGGCCGUAAAGAUCCUGUGACCGCCUGGCUGUGCUGUCUUGUGGAAAAGUGUUUCUGUUUCCAUUUCGGGAUCGUUGUGUGUUUCCUCCAAAAGGCUGAAUUUACAUGGAGCAACUCCAGAUUAUAAAUAUCAUGAUCUCUUUGUGCAGACAGAAUCAUCAAAAGAUAAUUAAUGUUCUUAAUGUUUAAUCUUGUUUCUUAAAGAGGGUCUCCAUCAGAACUCUCGAGACUGUAAACCCCCCCCCGACCGUUAGCGGUUACUGAUUAACGACUUCCAGCCUUCUGACACUCUGCUGCUGAGUCUACAAACACACUGCAAACUGAUUUUAUGUGAAGUGUGUGUAUGACUUCCUGUGCUUCUGCAGCCAGCCUCUAGUGGACACUGGAUGAACUGCAGGAUUUUACACUUCAGCGGUUUUAAUCAGCGGAGGUUUUAAACUAUUUUAAAUAAAUAACAGGUUAAAUAUUUUAAAUAAAACCGGGUAUUAGACUCGGGUAGGUGUGAGCUGUUGCUCGUGUAAAUCCAGCCGACACACUUGAAGUUUUGAUCCUUCAAACAUGAUUUCCUUUUCCACAGGUUGACAGUUUAAGACCGUUUUGUUUGAGGCUGUAACCUCCAUAAACAAACCACCACCUUUAAACAAAGACAGACUCGUCUCUGUACCAUCAGUGAGCCUCGCGCUGCUGAAAGGGUUAAAUCAAAGACGUCAGUGAUGAUCAGCUCGCAGCACAGAUCAAAGUCAGAGACUCUGAAAUCUCUCCGUCUGAGCUUCAGAGGACGAGGAGAAGAAGAGGAGCUCUCUCUCCAUUGGCUCAGAUUCAUUUGAUGAAAUCUGACCCGUGCUAAUGUGAUAACAACAUAAUGGGAUUAAUUAGCUGAUCCCGAGUCAAAGGUUCUCAAUUAGCCGCAGGGCGAGAGAGAGAGAGAGAUAAUGAAGCUGAUACACGCUCGCCAAUUAGUCCAAUACAACACACACUCAGAUAUACACACACACACACACACACUCAGAGACACACACACACACUCACACACUCAGAGACACACACACACACACACACACACACACACAGAGACACACACACACACAGAGACACACACACACAGAGACACACACACUCAGAGACAGACACUCGGAGAGACUUCAAGAAUCUAGAGAUCAGUCCAACAUUUAGAGGAAGCUCCUCCUCCUCGUCUCUGAGUGUGUUUGUGUGUGUGUGUGUUUGUGUUCGGGUCUUUUUGCUCAGCAGGUGAAAGGUGUGUGAGUUUUCUUUGUUUGUGGAGGGACCAGCAGAUAAACGGAGAGUCUUUGACACCACAUGAGCCCCGUGAAGGCCAAUUGAAGAUGUUCUAAAUGAUCUGAAUGAACCUCGUCCAUGAGUUCUUUUUCUAACCGGUUGGAUUCGCUUAAUUUUUGCUUCACCGCAUCUUUGUAAAUAUGUGUAAUUAUUAAAAAUGAUACUGGUUUUCCGUGAA